AUGAAGAGAAACAGUGCGCGAGAGGGAGAUAUCGAGGAUUUCUUCUGCAACAGUUCCUUAAGUGCUCCUCGAGGGAACUGCGCACAAAAUGUUAACAGUCGACGUCGUCGUGUCGUUCGCGAGGACUACGGGCCAGGAAUCCCUGGAAAUGCCACUAUUUUUGUUCAUACGUUUGGUUGCGGCCACAAUGUAAGUGACGGUGAGUAUAUGGCUGGACAACUUGUGGAAUCGGGGUACAACGUCACCGACGAAUUUGGGCAAGCUGACGCCUAUCUUCUUAAUUCCUGCACCGUCAAGAAUCCAAGUGAGGAACAUUUUGUCAGUAUGAUGAAUCGUGUGCGAGACACCGGGAAACCACUUAUUGUCGCCGGUUGUGUCCCACAGGCGGACCCCACAAACAAACAAUGGGGAGACGUAAGUGUUGUUGGUGUCAGAAGCAUUGACUGCGUUAGUUAUGUUGUUCAGGAGGCGUUGCAAGGUAACUGCGUGCGGUUGCUAGGUGAAACGGAGGACCAACGACAGUCGAAUGAAUCUAAUGAACUCCCAGCGCUUGACCUUCCUAAGGUUCGUCGGAAUAAAUACAUCGAAAUUAUUCCCAUUAGUGUGGGCUGCUUAAAUAACUGUACGUAUUGCAAAACAAAGCAAGCUCGGGGGGACUUGCGGAGCUACCCAGUGGAGGUGAUUGUCGAUAGGGUGCGAGAAGUGGUGAGGGAUGGUGUGAAGGAAAUCAGACUUACAUCAGAGGACUCGGGUGCCUACGGUAUUGAUAUAGGUACGGAUGUAGUUUAUUUACUACGGGCCGUUGCGGUAGAGUUGGAGGGAACUGAUGUGAUGCUGCGUGUUGGUAUGAGUAAUCCACCUUACCUGUUGAGACAUGUCGAUGGCUUUGCGACUGUUCUGAAGCAUCCAAACGUGUACGAGUUCGUUCAUAUCCCUGUGCAAUCCGGUUCUGACAGCAUUCUUCAAACCAUGCUACGUGAGUAUACUGUUGAAGAGUUCUUUAUGUGCAUCGACAGUAUCCGCGCUGCAGUUCCGAAGGCUACAGUUGCCACCGACAUUAUUUGUGCCUUUCCCGGUGAGGGCGAAUCAGAAUGGCAGGAAACGAUGGAACUAUGCAAGAGAGCUAAGUUCGAAGUGAUAAACAUCACACGUUUCUACCCACGGCGGAACACCCCAGCGGCAGCCAUGAAGCAGAUCCCAACAGAUGUUGCUAAACAUCGUACCACAGAGUUAACUAACUUCUUCAAUUCUUAUCGUACGUUCGAUUCGAUGGUUGGUGAGGUGCACAACGUUACGCUACUAGAAACCGCACACGACAAGCACCAUCUAGUUGGACAUACGAAAAACUACGUUCAAGUACUUGUUGAUCCUGCGCAAGCACGGAUGGGGGAGAGCGUGGUAGUGGUCAUUACAUCAGCAACAAAGUACAGUGUGAUGGGUCGGGUGUUGCGCAGCCGGUGGGAGCGCCUUUCAGCAGAUGCAGUGGGAUUCGCUACUGCUCCAUUUAGAACCCGAAAAGGCCGGAUUGCCUCUGCUUUGUUGAUGGCAACAGCUGUGGGAACUGUGUUGCUUUACUGGUCGUCGACGCGCCGCAGGCGGUGCAAAUAG